GACUGUGAUUACAAUUUAAUAAUGUACAAUUUACAUAAAAUGCACAGAGAGCGAAUACAGGUUAAAAGCAACAUAUUUUCCAUUGAAUUAACCCGUCAUAAAUAUAUUAUUUAAACGUUUAAAUGCUGUUUAAAUUACCCAUAGUUUUUUGUUACGAAUGUUUUUUUUAUUCAAACCGAAUUAUUAACGCAAACAUUGUAAAGUUUGUUCCUUGUUUCCGGCAAGUGUGUUUUGUAUGUUGCAUACACGGACUUUACCCAGUUCACGUAGCCACGCAGCUCCGUGAGGAUCUCCACGUUUAUUUACUAAAACGGAUAUUUAAUUUAUCAGUAUGCAUUACUUUUAAAAAGUUAUUAAUUCAUUAUUAACAAUAUUCACGUAUAGCACGGUUUUGUGGAGCACUACUGUUGCUGUCAGAUGGAAACUUUCGUCAGCUUCACUAACCAAAGUCAAGGCAGGGAUCGCCUAUUCAGGGCAACCCAGUAUGCGUGUGCACUGGCAAAAUACCUACUGAGAAAUGAAGCGAAAAGAAAAGCGCUGGUGACAAAGCUGCAGUAUCUGGAGUCCAAUAUGAGCUCUGGACGAAAACUAUUCAGGCUCGGGAACACUGUGAACUCCAUCCAUGCGGCCAAAAGCACUCUUCAAGUUUCUGACCCUGUGCUCCGCUUUUGCCUUACUGUGGCAAACCUCAACCGUGCCCUCUACUUUAUUUGUGACAACGUAAUGUGGGCCAGAAGUAUUGGACUCAUACAAGACAUCGACAAAGACCGCUGGAGCCUGAAUGCCACACGGUUUUAUUUUCUCUCCUUGAUCAUGAAUCUUACCAGAGAUGUGUAUGGCAUCAGCCAGCUUAUGAUGCAGAGGUCUCGGGAUAGAAACUACCAGCAGAAAGUCCACCAGCACCUUAAUGAAAGCCCGGAUGUGGCUUGUGUCAUCGUGCCUCAGCUUGAUGCUUUUCUCUUCUUGCUUUUCGAGAGCCUCAGUCACCCGUCUGUGGUUCUUGAUACUCUUAAAAAUGUUUGUGAUCUUUUCAUUCCUCUUGACACACUUGGUGUUUUCAAAACGAAUGCAGGGGUGGUUGGUUUCUGUGGUCUUGUCUCUUCUCUUUUAGGCAUACUGACAGUUCUGAAGCCUAACCUUAAAAUCAAGCCGUGAAGUAAAAAAAUGCUUCAUAAUUGAUGGUUUAUACACAAAUUUGAUCAAUGAUGAUAACUCAUUCUAACACUGGUACAACAUGCAUAAGGAGGAUAAUUGCUGAUAUAUAGAUUUAAAGGGACACUCCACUUUUUAAAAAAAUAGGCUCAUUAUCCAGCUCCCCUAGAGUUAAACAUUUGAUUUUUACCAUUUUGGAAUCCAUUCAGCUGAUCUCCGGGUCUGUUGGUACGACUUUAGCAUAGCUUAGCACAGUCUAUUGAAUCUGAUUAGACCAUUAGCAUCGUGCACAAAAAUAACCGAAAAGUUUCAAUAUUUUUCCUAUUUAACUCUUUACUCUUCUGUAGCUACUACAUCGUAUUGUACUAAAACCGACGGAAAAUUUAAAGUUGCGAUUUUCUAUGCAGAUAUGGCUAGGAACUUUACUCUCAUUCUGGCGUAAUAAUCAAGGAAUUUGCUUUUAACUUUUAAUUUUACGUUGGUCUUAGUACACGAUGUAACUACAGAAGAGUCAAGUUUUAAAUAGGAAAAAUAUUGAAACUCUUUGGUCAUUUUUAUGCUAAAAGUGGUAGCGCCAGACCUGGAGAUCGGCUGAAUGGUUUCCAAAACUGUAAAAAUCAAGUGUUUAACUCUAGGGGAGCUGAAAAAAAAGUGGAGUUUCCCUUUAAGUUUUGCACAUACUGUUAACAGACACAAACAAGGACCAACUGAGAUGUUAUUUUCAACCCAGCGUUGGGUCAAACUGGGACAAACCCAGGCAUUGGGUUAAAUAACCCAGAAAAUGCUUAUAUUUGACCCAACAAUAGAUUAAAACAACCCAUCAUAGGUUAUAUUACAACAACAGGUUGUACUUUUUACCCAACUCUUGAGUUGAAAAUUACCCAGCAUUUUUUUAUGGAUAACAAACUAGACAAUAUGUUGAACUUAACAACAGUGAUGUUUGAUUUAUUUUUCAAUGUGUAGAUGAGCUCACGCUUUGCACAAUUUUAUGAAAUAGAGUGCCUUAAUGCAUCUGCUAAUGAAUAUGUAUCAUAGCAGAGGUAAUGCAUGUGUAUAUUAUGCACUUUUUAAAUAUUUUAAUAAAGAUAUCACUUUGGUACAGACUGGAAUAAGAUUAAAAUUAAUGAUCAUCAUGGUAAAUUAACAUAUUUUUGACAGCGUCUCUUCUAUUGUAUUGACUUUCUUUGUAGCAGGUGCUCUUUGUGGGGCCAUAUGCACUGGGAGCAGAUAGUAAACUUUCUGAAAUAUUUGUUUAACGUUUAUGGUCCAUUAGAUGUAGAACCAUCUGUGGAAUAUCCUACCUCAAUUUUAGAGUAUUUUACUGAAAUGUAUUGCAGAAAAUGAACAGGCUGUAUUUAAUGUACCUUAGCUACCAUAGGAGUUUGUCAUUCAGUGGUUUUCUGCUUUGGUUUAUCAUUACUGAAAGCUGUUUUUCUGUAUGUUGUGGUUGUGAGCACAUACUGUUUUAAGCACAAACUGUUUUUAAGUACAAACUGUGAACUUAAUAAAGCAGCUUUUGCAAA